AGGCGCAGGGGCCCCGGCCUCAGCGGGGUAGGCUGUGCCCCUGCUUGUGGAUGUGGAAGGUGCCGUAGCCGCAGCCCCCCCGGGCCCGGGCGGCGGCGUCAUGGACGCUGCCACUCUCACCUAUGAUACUCUCAGGUUCGAGUAUGAAGACUUCCCUGACACCAAAGAGCCUGUCUGGAUACUGGGGAGAAAGUACAGCGUAUUUCCAGAGAAAGAAGAGAUCCUGUUGGAUGUGACCUCUCGGCUCUGGUUCACGUACAGAAAGAACUUUCCUGCCAUUGGUGGAACAGGUCCUACGUCUGAUACUGGUUGGGGCUGCAUGUUGAGGUGUGGUCAGAUGAUCUUUGCUCAGGCUUUGGUCUGCAGGCAUUUAGGCAGAGACUGGAGGUGGAUAAAAGGAAAGAAGCAGACCGAUAACUAUUUCAAUGUACUUAAUGCCUUCAUCGACAAAAAAGACAGCUACUACUCCAUCCAUCAGAUAGCCCAGAUGGGAGUUGGAGAGGGCAAAUCAAUCGGUCAGUGGUAUGGACCAAAUACAGUCGCACAAGUGCUCAAAAAACUUGCCACUUUUGAUACAUGGAGCUCAUUGGCAGUGCACAUAGCCAUGGACAACACUGUCGUGAUGGAAGAAAUUAGGCGGUUAUGUAAGUCCAACUGGAUGUGUGCUGGGGCUUCAGCAUUCCCUACCCUAGACUCUGACCUGCUCUAUAAUGGGUACCCAGAGGAAGCAGAGGUCACAGAUAGACUAUGGAAACCACUGGUGCUGCUGAUACCUCUUCGGCUUGGGCUCACGGAUAUCAACGAAGCUUAUAUUGAAACACUAAAGCACUGCUUCAUGAUGUCCCAGUCCCUGGGGGUGAUCGGAGGGAAGCCUAACAGUGCUCACUACUUCAUUGGCUAUGUAGAGGAGGAGCUAAUUUAUCUGGACCCCCACACUACCCAGCCUGCUGUGGAGCCCAGUGACAGUGGCUGUAUCCCUGACGAGAGCUUCCAUUGCCAGCACCCUCCCUGCCGAAUGAGCAUCGCUGAACUCGACCCCUCCAUCGCAGUGGGCUUUUUCUGCAACACAGAAGAAGACUUUAAUGACUGGUGCCAGCAAAUCAAAAAGCUGUCUCUGAUAAGGGGAGCCCUGCCUAUGUUUGAACUGGUGGAACGUCAGCCUUCACACUUCUCCAACCCUGAUGUUCUCAAUCUCACACCAGGGGUUAAAGAGCCAUUGACAGCUUCUGCCAAGUGGAACUCCUCCGACGCUGACAGAUUGGAAAGAUUCUUCGAUUCAGAAGAUGAAGACUUUGAAAUCUUGUCUCUCUGAACACUUGUAGGAAGUGGACUCUGCAAAUCUGUGUUGUGUGCGGGGCGGAGGGGGGGAGGGAAGCUCCUUCAAGAGUCUGGGGCUACCGGUUUUCAUAGGUGCUUGCUGCCAUCCCUGGCUCCCAUCCAUCCCAGCAUUCUGUGCUGCCUCUGAGCAGGGUGCCCGCCCGUUCUCUGCAUUGGGAUCAAGAACAAAGUUGUUACAAAGGCCUUAUAGCCUGGAGUUGGGAUUCCUCAGCACAAAACACGCACAGGAAGUGGAUGCAGUGGUGCCUAGGGGUUUAGAGGCUUUUUUGUUACAUCAGCAGGUCAGCCAGUUCUACAAGAGCUAGGUCCUUUUACAUACACUCCUCAAUCACAGCUUGCCCCUUGUUUGGCUUGCAGAAACCUAGAGUUGGUUCCUCCACAGCUCCUCAGGUUCUGGCUGCCUGGGAACAAGCUUUGCUUUGUGAAUUAAUGGCAGACAUCUCCCCUGCAACCACUUCAGAUGCCCAGUAGAACAUGAACUGGACCUAUGGUAGUAUGUCAUUGCUGCUGCUGCUCAAGCUUCACGAUCUGUGCAGUGCUUUCUCACAGACAUGAUGUUGCCUGUGCCCAGAACCAGCCUGGGUAAGGCAGUCUGUUACAUGGCUAGUAACUGCACAGGCACUAAACCUUAUAGUUACCACCAACGUCUGAAGGUGACAAAAGGAGGAUAGGAAAAGUCUCACGCUGAAUAAAAGAAGAGGGAAGUUUCUCUGGAAGGGUACAUGUUCUCACUGAGUAACUUGAAUGCUGAGGCUCUAUGAUGGAUAAACAAGUAUAGUAAUGGUGUCUUUUAAUAAGGCUUCUGCUUCUGAGCAGAGGUGAACACCUCAGGCCAGGGAAAGACUUGGUUGUCUCUGAUAAUCUUGAGAGCCUGGUAGCUGCUUUUAAGUAAAAAGGGUAAGACAGAACAGGACAAGUAGGAAGCUGCCAAGUUCCUUUCUAGUAAAGAUGUGUCUGCCUUCUUGUAAACAUUGCUGCUGCAUGGUGUUGGCACGGUGUUUCCCUGUGCACCAUGAAAACCCGAGGGCUAAAAAAUGCUGAUGCAGCCAGUGUAGCUUGGUCAUUCCUUGCGACACCACUGUUUCUCUUCCUGUCCAAGGGAGCAUGAAGCUUAAGUAGAUUUUUUUUUUUUUAGCUGACUGGUACUGUUUCACUUGCUAUUCUGCAGCUUCUCUAGAAGGUAGCCCUUUUUCCAGAGCGUGUACUGUACUACCUAGUCCAGAGAAAUCCAUCCCAAGAUGUUAGUAAAAAAUUGGGUGCCUUAUAAAAGGCUUGUAUUUAACUAAAGGUCAACACAGCAGUACUGGGAACCUUAGCAAUGUUAAAUUCACAACUUUACCUGGGCUGGUCUUAUGGCUCUUAAUAUCUCUACACAGCAAAUAAACCCCAGAUGGAAACCAGGUGUGUGGAAGGCCUCUCUCUUAAUGCUGGCCACCACAAAGUCUGUCAAGUCAUCUUCCUUUGCAGGUGGCAAAUGUGUGCUCACAAAGCCCCCAUGUUCUGCAUUUAGGAAUAGCAAUCAGUAUGCUUUUUGUGCCCUAAAAGGAGUGACAUCUGGCUCUGAGUGAUCAUUUCGUCCCUGGCUGACCUACUCAUGGUAUACCACCUGCCUGCCCCUAGGCUGCUGGAACAGAGGUUUCACCUCUGAACCACCACGCUUCUCUCACUAAAUUACUUGCUGCUUUCUCUCUUGCUGUUCCUCUGCUUCUUUCUUGCAUCAGUUGUAGCUGGGAAGGGGAGGAGGCAGCUGAGAAAGUGGGGCUGUGCUCCAUUCAUCUGCUUUCAAUUUGUAUCUGAAUAAACUGAUUUAAAAUCUU